GCCCUGAGGCCCCGCUUGUGCAUCCCCCGCCGAGGCCGCAGGGGUUGGGAUUUGCCCCUCGGGGUUGAGCGAGUGGGUUCCUUUCCGAGGCCCGGGGCCCGGCAGCCUGUGCCACUCUUGUCCCGUCCUCGCGCUCUCCAGCGCGUCCGUGUUGCGUCAUGGAUCUGAAUUUAAACCGAGCGGAUUAUUUACAGGUGGGAGUGACCUCUCAGAAGACUAUGAAGCUACUUCCUGCCUCAAGACGUAGAGCUACCCAAAAGGUGGUCGUUGGAGAUCAUGAUGGGGUAGUUAUGUGCUUUGGCAUGAAGAAGGGAGAAGCAGUGACAGUGUUCAAGACUUUACCGGGGCAGAAGAUUGCAAGACUGGAACUAGGAGGGGUUCUUAACACACCCCAGGAGAAAGUUUUUGUUGCUGCAGGAUCUGAGAUUAGAGGUUUUACAAAGAGAGGAAAACAGUUCCUCUCUUUUGAAACAAACCUCACUGAAAGCAUUAAAGCCAUGCACAUAUCUGGCUCAGACCUCUUUCUCAGUGCAAGUUACAUCUAUAACCAUUAUUGUGACUGCAAAGACCAACAUUAUUACCUUUCUGGAGACAAAAUCAAUGACAUCAUCUGCCUGCCAGUGGAAAGAUUGCCUCGUAUUACACCAGUACUGGCCUGCCAGGACAGAGUUCUCAGAGUUUUACAGGGAUCUGACGUAAUGUAUGAAAUUGAAGUUCCUGGCCCACCUACUGUUUUAGCGCUACACAACGGAAAUGGCGGUGACUCUGGAGAAGACCUCAUGUUUGGAACAUCAGAUGGAAAACUUGGGCUUAUUCAGAUCACUACAUCUAAACCGAUACAUAAAUGGGAGAUUCGAAAUGAGAAAAAGAGGGGAGGUAUUUUGUGUGUGGACAACUUUGACAUUGUGGGUGAUGGAGUUAAAGAUUUACUUGUUGGGAGAGAUGAUGGAAUGGUGGAAGUGUAUAGUUUUGAUAAUGCAAAUGAGCCUGUUCUACGAUUCGAUCAGGCGUUGUCUGAAAGUGUCACAUCUAUCCAGGGUGGUUGUGUAGGGAAAGAUGGCUAUGAUGAAAUCGUGGUAUCCACAUAUUCAGGCUGGGUUACAGGUCUGACAACAGAGCCUAUUCAUAAGGAAAGUGGACCAGGAGAAGAACUAAAAAUUAAUCAGGAGAUGCAGAAUAAAAUUUCUUCUUUACGGAGUGAGUUGGAACAUCUGCAGCUUAAGGUGCUACAGGAAAGAGAGAAAUAUCAACAGUCUUCUCAAUCAAGCAAAGCAAAGUCAGCAGUUCCUUCAUUUAGCAUAAAUGACAAAUUUACAUUAAAUAAAGAUGAUGCCAGCUACAGUCUUACCUUAGAGGUGCAGACAGCAAUAGAUAAUGUCUUAAUACAGAGUGAUGUUCCAAUAGAUUUACUUGAUGUGGAUAAAAAUUCUGCUGUUGUCAGCUUUAGCAGCUGUGAUUCUGAGUCAAAUGACAACUUUCUUCUUGCCACUUAUCGGUGCCAGGCAAAUACCACAAGGCUGGAACUCAAGAUUCGCUCAAUUGAAGGCCAGUAUGGCACACUUCAAGCAUAUGUAACUCCAAGAAUUCAACCCAAAACCUGUCAGGUCCGCCAGUACCUUAUCAAACCCCUUUCACUCCACCAAAGAACUCACGUUAUUGAUCCUGACAGACCGAUGAAUACCCUAACAUUGACAGGCCAGUUCAGUUUUGCCGAAGUUCACUCCUGGGUGGUGUUUUGCCUGCCCGAAGUUCCUGAAAAACCUCCAGCAGGAGAAUGUAUGACGUUUUACUUUCAGAACACCUUCCUGGAUACACAGCUUGAAAGCACCUACAAAAAAGGAGAAGGAAUUUUUAAAUCUGACAACAUUUCUACUAUAUCCAUCCUAAAAGAUGUUCUCUCUAAAGAAGCUACAAAAAGGAAAAUUAACCUCAACAUAUCAUACGAGAUAAAUGAAGUAUCAGUCAAACACACUUUAAAGCUAAUCCACCCAAAGCUGGAGUACCAGUUGCUUUUGGCUAAGAAAGUGCAGUUAAUUGAUGCUUUAAAAGAAUUGCAGGUUCAUGAGGGAAAUACAAACUUUCUGAUACCAGAAUAUCGCUGUAUUCUAGAGGAGGCAGAUCACCUACAGGAAGAAUACAAAAAGCAGCCCGCACAUCUGGAAAGACUCUAUGGCAUGAUCACUGAUCUUUUCAUAGAUAAGUUCAAGUUCAAAGGGACCAAUGUGAAAACCAAAGUACCUCUUUUACUGGAGAUUCUGGACAGUUAUGACCAAAAUGCAUUAAUUGCUUUCUUUGAUGCUGCAUGAAAUAUAAACAAGCUAAAGUUUCAAAGAAGUCUGUUUAAACAAAAAAUCUUAAAACAGAAUUACAAGUUAAUUGUACCUACUUUUAUUUCAAAUGCUGUUUAAUAUCAUCUAAAAAUAUUUGAGGUAUGACUUUUUAAAGUAAUGCUUUCUUUUGACAAAUGGAGCUUUUUAAAAAUAAAAAGAAUUUUUUAAGAAAAAACAAGUGGAAUGAUUAUAAGAGACUUGUGAAUAUUUUGUAAGUGGAUUUUUUUUAAAUUGAGAAAUAAUAUUUGGAAAAUAAAAAUAUAUUCAAAUAUUUAACAAACUACACCCACAUAUGUGUAAACUGCUUUACAGUUUUCAAAAAUGUAUUUACAUGUUACUUCAUUUGAUCUUCACAACAUAUAUUUAUGUGAAUAGUGAAGAAAUAGUGUUGGCUGCUUAGAUUUUCUGCACUGGUAUCCACUAAUUUCCUUUUUAUCAUAUAUGGAGGGAAAUAUGACUUUAAGAGUAUCGAAGUUUUGUUCAUUAAUCUUAAUUUGUAUUUCAUAUUCAGGGGAAUAUUGUAUUUAAAGGUUGUUUUAAAAUGCUAUAAAGAUUAUAAUGGGAAAUAAGCUAUUCUUUCUGUUUUCAAGAAGGGCACACUCAUGAAUUUGAGAGAAAACAAUAAUGCUUCUUAAUUAUAUACCAUUAUAUUUAUUAGUUAUGUGCAAGCUUUGUUGUAUAUUAAAUGUGAA